AAAAAAUGCCGUGGAUCACAUAUUAACCAGGAUCAGAGGCACCACAUCUGUGACAUGGUUGGCUCCUCAAAAACAGUCUUUAAGAAUAAAUGAGAGUUCUGGUAGAAGUGGGUAAAAUAUGGCGGCGGGAAUGUACAAAUUCCGAAUCGCCUUGUUGCUGCUCGCGUCCUGUUCAGCGGUGUACUUUGUUAUCGGGCCAAUGGCGUGGACUAGAAAAGAAAAGAGGAGUCAGACUGAAAUAACGAAUAAAGAUACACGGGCAAAACCUCAGAGUAUAACAUACGUAAAGAAAGUAUUACAAGCACCAGGGCAAGCCUUACAACUCACUCAAAGAGAAAUAAAUCUUAUAAAACGAUUGCCAGUACGACCUCCGAUAGACCUGGCUUUAAAUCCAGUCGUCGCGGUGGACGUGGUCGAGACGGACAUUGAUCGUGCUAAGAGUGGAUUGAUAUAUGAUUGUGACGACGAUUUCCGAGAUAUUGUGGAAAGCAGGCAUUCUGUCAAUGGAAAGCCAGUAUAUGAUAAGAAUAAAACUGUGAUGUAUAUAAGCAUGCCAAAGUGUGGAAGCAGAACAUUUGUAUGGACAGCCAUGAGACUCCGGGAUAUCCAUCAUUUUGGGUCAACGGUUAAUCUCGAAUACAUGCUGGGGGAGAAUCCGCCUUUAAAAAUUAGAGAUUUUAUAGACGACAGAAUAGAGGAAUCGGAGAAUGGAGCGAUAAUACAUGGUCAUUAUCGCUUUAUUGACAUGUAUGGUUCUCCAAAGAAACCCAUCUUAAUGAGUAUGCUCCGUGAUCCAGUCAGCCGAUUUGAAUCUUAUUUCUAUUUUAUGCGACACGGUGAUAAGGAUAUGAGCAAAGAAGAACUUGUCAAACAAUUAGGACCGAGAAUGGCUCUACCAAACGAGACAUUAGAUGACUGUAUUGAGAAAGAUAGAGGAGAUUGUACAUGGCCAUUGUAUCGUAAUAUGUACGUCACAUCAUUCUGCGGUUACGACGCAAGAUGCAGUCAAUCCCCGUCCUUUGCUUUGGAGGAGGCAAAACGUAAUGUCGACAAGUUUCUCGUGAUUGGUGUGAUGGAGGAAUAUGACCUCUCCAUGGCUGUCUUCGAAAAACUACUUCCGGCGACAUUUAGAGGAGCAGCGAAAAUAUAUGGAGAGAACAAAGAUCAGUCGAUAGACAAAUCGAAAACAAACUUCAAGAAACCGACAUCCCCGAAAACAUACUCCAUUUUAAAACAGCGAAUGAAGUAUGACUACGCAUUUUACGACUACGUGAAAAAGAGAUUACAUAAAGUUGCUAAUGAACUUGGUAUCGGAAGUUGUUCUGGCCCAUUAUAACAAUGAUUGAAUAGUCAUGAAAUGUACAUUAAGACGAUAAACAUUGCGACGGUUGGAAUAUUCGACGUCCAGACACGGAAUGUUAUGCAUCUUUGACACCAUUGACACCUUUGAAGCCAUUCUACUUCAAGCUCAAAAUAUGAGCUGUUAUUUGUCUCAAAACUGUAACAAAUUCUGCUCUUUUGUAUAUAUAAUAUAUAUAUAUAUAUAUAUAUAUAUAUAUAUAUAUAUAUAUAUAUACACAUGUAUAUUGAUCAUCUUUGAAAUGAGUAAUAGUAACAUUUGAAUUUUCGAGAAAAAUGAAUAAGCCAAUAAGAUCUAAGCCAUAAGUUGUAAAAAAAUAUUUUCAAUUGGUAUUUAGCGAUCCUGUUUGAAAUUGUAAAAUUCGCUUAGAAUAGCAUAAUCGUGGCCGUGAGAUGAACUACCCCCCCCCCACUGACUUAAUUAAACUUUGUUUGUAUUUUUAUAAGUAUUAAAAACAAUUAUAUUGAAAUGUUCGAAUGUUUCGACUCAAUGAAAUAAAUUUUGAACGUACUCAUA